GCAUCCAUGCCAGUGAUGUUCUUGCUCCAGCUCCAGCUCCAGCUCCAGCUGCUGCUGGUAGGAACAGCUGCGGUGGCAUCAGCGAAUACUUCGUUACCAGGCUGCCCAGAGAAGUGCGGCAAUAUCACCAUCCCGUACCCCUUCGGCAUCGGCCCCAACUGCUCUCUGGAAGGUUUCGAUGUCACAUGCAACCACUCGAAGCCUUACAUAGGUAGCAGCAACAUCGAGCUAAUCGAUGUGGACUUGCCACAAGGCCUCGCGCAUGUCUACAGCAACAUCAGCCGAGUGUGCUGCAACAACAGCACCAGCAACUUCACCUAUUGGGGAAUGAACUUUACGGGCACAACCUUCAAGUUCUCCGACACUCGCAACAAAUUCACCACUAUUGGCUGCAACACCCUCGCCUACAUGGUAAGCUCCAGUGGACAGAGCUAUGCCAGUGGAUGCUUGGCGACGUGCAGCGGUACAAGCAGCAUCAUCGGUGGCUCCUGCAACGGCUUGGGCUACUGCCAGACUUCCAUUCCCAAGGGGUUUGUCUCCUAUAAGUCUGUCAUGGAUCCCAUGUUCCAUGUCUUCGGCGGCGCCGACCAGGUGUAUUGUUGCAGCUAUUCUUUCUUGGCAGAUGAGAAAUGGUACCAGUUCAAUCCCUCUGAUAUCAUAUCGUUGGAUUUCUACAAGAGAAAUCAGAAUGGGGUGCCUGUGGCGCUGGACUGGGCAGUAGGAAGCACGAGCUGUGAGAAAGCCAAGCUUAACACCACUUCUUACCUUUGUCUUUGCGACCACAGCCACUGCAUCAACACUGCCAACGGCCCUGGAUACAUUUGCAACUGUUCAAGGGGCUUUGGAGGCAAUCCCUAUCUCCCCAGUGGAUGCCAAGAUAUAAACGAGUGUGAGUUUCCGGAGCAGCAUCCAUGCUAUGGAACCUGUCUUAAUUCCCUUGGGAGCUACACUUGCAACUGUCCAGAAGGCACCCAUGGAAAUGCUCUAAUAGAAGCAGGCUGCAUCAGAGAUAAGUCCCUUUUUGGCGUAAUUGUUGAGACGGUUGGAACUGUUGGAGUAUGCCUUCUUUUUCUUCUUCAAUCUAUUGUUCUGAUUUGCAUAAAACUGGAGGAAAGAAAUGUCAAAAGAAGAAAGAAAAAGUUCUUUCGGAGAAACCGGGGUUUGUUGUUACAACAGCUCGUCUCUUUUGAUGAAACACUUGUUGAGAGGAUGAAAAUCUUCACACUAGAAGAGAUGGAGAAGGCGACCAACAAUUUUGAUCGCACCCGUAUUGUUGGUAAAGGAGGCCAUGGCACUGUUUAUAAAGGAAUUCUAUCAGACCAACGGGUCGUUGCUAUCAAAAAGUCAAAGAUAGCAAAUCAGAUUGAGUUAGAUCAAUUUAUAAAUGAGAUGGUUAUUCUCUCUCAAGUCAACCAUAGAAAUGUGGUUAAGCUCUUUGGAUGUUGCCUAGAAUCCAAAGUCCCCUUGUUAGUAUAUGAAUUUAUCUCUGGUGGAACUCUUUUCAACCAUCUCCAUGAUAGUCAACAAUUUGCUCCACUAUCAUUGAAAGAUCGUCUAAGGAUUGCUGCUGAAACAGCAAGUGCACUGUCCUAUCUACACUCUGAAGCUUCAAUUUCAAUUUUCCACAGAGAUGUCAAGUCAUCUAACAUACUACUUGAUGAAAGCUAUACUGCAAAGGUAUCAGAUUUUGGUGCUUCAAGGUCUAUUCCUCUCCAUCGGACAUGUGUAACCACAACUGUUCAAGGAACAUAUGGUUACUUGGAUCCUGAGUACCACCAAAUAGGCCAACUAACAGACAAAAGUGAUGUUUAUAGCUUUGGAGUCAUUCUCUUGGAGUUGCUAACCGGGAAGGAUCCAAUUCUUACAGUAGAGAGAACUCUAACUUUGGAUUUCAUUUGUUCUUCAAGGGAGAAUCAUCUCUUUGACAUUUUAGACCCCCACAUUAUAGAAGUGGGAGGAGAAGAAGAGAUUAAAACAAUUGCUACUCUUACUGAAUUGUGCCUGAGAUUGAAAGGGGAAGAGAGGCCAACAAUGAGGGAGCUGGAACAAAAACUUGACACCAUGCGAAGGUUAGGAGAAUCAAAGCAUGAUUUCGAUGUUUUACAAAAUGGUGGAAUGGCAGUAGACUUGCCAAGCAAGGUACCAGUUAAAGGCAGCGCUAGUGGUACAACCAAGCAGUACAGUCUAGAGAAAGAGCUCAUGUUGUCACUAGCAGAACAACCAAGAUGAUUUCACAGGGGUAGGGAGCAAUAUAAAUGAAUGAUUUGUUGGAUAUUAAACCGAAGUUAGUAGUCACCUCAAUUGAGUCAACCUGCAUGGUAUUCUACAAGGUAUGCUAUGCGGUAUAGUCAAAGAGUCAACAAGUUAAUAGUGUACGUCAAGCAUCAUGGCAAGUAAAGAGUCACAUGAGUUGAAUAGUCAUGAACAAUUUAAUGCUAGUGUUCAUGAUGCAUCUUUAGGUUCCCAAGGGGUGUCUUUUAGAAUUAUAUGUAAGUCUUAAUAGCAGUCCCUUAGAUACUCCAGUACAUUUAUGUAAGGAAUAUAUCAAGAGUUAUUAUGUAACCAUAUAAAGGCAUGUAAUGGUUCAUCCUGUAAGAAAGUCAGAAGAAUUAAUGAAAUGAAGUAAUAUUGGAGGGUUAUACUCCAUCUACCC